AUGUCAUCCCAACUCUUUCCAGAUGGCGGAUGGGACGUCCACCACCAUAUUUUCGAACCUGAGCGCUUCCCCUACGACCCAAAUCGGCAUCUCACCCCACCUCCCGCCUCAAUCAAGCAAUAUAAUGAAUUCAAAGAAAAGGCCGGCAUCACCCACUCAGUCCUAACCCACGGUCUCUCCUACGGCGCAGACAGCAGCUGUCUCACCACAUUCACCGCAGACCUCGGCCGGGAUGUAACAAAGGGAAUCGCAGUGAUCGAUCCAGAGAUUAUCACACCCGCUGAACUUGCAGAAAUGCAUGCUAACGGCAUUCGUGGGAUCAGAGUCAAUUUGUACCGAUACAGCGCAAUGCACGACGUCGAUCUUCAAAAGAUUGUAUUGACGGCUCAUGCUCGCGCGCUUGAUGGGAAUUGUACUGGGUGGAGUAUGGCGUUUACGCAUACGCACCCGGAAUUCUGGAGUGCGUUGAAGCCGGUUAUCACACAGGAGAUCGUGCCGCGAGGAAUUCGGCUUGUAACGGAUCAUUUUGCCUUAUUGAAGGGGGCGAGUAUGUUGCCCGCUGAGUGCAAAGGUGAUCUUACGCGCCAGCAGGGGUUUGAAGAUAUCUUGGAUCUAGUUCGGGCGGGUCAUAUCUUUGUGAAGAUCAGUGCACCCUACCGGGUUAGUACCCAGGCUCCGGAUUUUGACGAUUUGAAACCGCUUGUUAGGGCGUUGUUUGAUGCGAAUCCACAACAGCUUUUGUGGGGAAGUGAUUGGCCUCAUACGCCCUUGAUGAAGGUGCGAACGAGAGAGGAGGCAUUAGCAGAGACUCCAUAUCUAGAGGUUGACGAUGUGGCUUGGCUGAAGACCAUGCGCUCGUGGUUGUCGGAUUAUGAGUGGAAGACACUGAUGGUGGAGAACCCCCAGAGGUUGUAUGAUUGGUAG